UCAGUGCCUCAUCAGCCCCCUACUCUUGUGAAAAGGAUGGACCAGUAAUGGAUAAGAAUAACGGUACCGUGUGUAUUAAACGCUGGUAUUGAAGUUAUCUAUUCCGCUUCAUUGAAAUUAACGCAUCCGAAAAACCAAGUGUGCGGCAUCCAGUCUGAGCCAUCCCAGAGACUGCUUACACAGCAACACCCCAGAACAGGACGAUUAUACUGAACGAAGGACCCUGUAAACGAGGACUGUAAAGAGAGAGCCACCGUGGUCCGGCAUACCGAGAGAGGGGCCCUGUCAGCACUUUCGGCUCCUAUCAUGGGUCUCAUUGCCUACGUGAAGCAGCAGUUCAUCCUCCAGCUGCUCAUUAGCUUCGUCUUUGUAGUCAGCGGCCUCAUCAUCAACUUCAUCCAGCUGUGCACCUGCGUUCUGUGGCCCUUCAACAAACAGCUGUACCGCAGGAUCAACUGCCGGCUGUCCUACUCCUUAUGGAGCCAGCUGGUGAUGCUGCUGGAAUGGUGGUCAUGUACAGAAUGCACACUCUACACUGACCAGGCCACGGUGGACAAAUUUGGCAAAGAGCACGUCAUCAUCAUCCUCAACCACAACUUCGAGAUUGACUUCCUGUGCGGGUGGACUAUGUGUGAACGCUAUGGGGUGCUGGGGAGCUCCAAAGUCCUGGCAAAACACGAGCUGCUGAAGGUUCCUCUGAUUGGUUGGACCUGGUACUUCCUGGAGAUUGUCUUCUGCAAGAGAAAGUGGGAAGAAGACAGGGACACUGUCUUCAAAGGCCUUGACAGCCUCAAAGAUUACCCAGAGUGCAUGUGGUUCCUGUUAUACUGUGAAGGCACACGCUUCACAGAAAAGAAGCACCAGAUCAGCAUGCAGGUGGCUGAAAGCAAGGGCCUACCCAAGCUGAAGUAUCAUCUGCUUCCCCGCACCAAGGGCUUCACCACCACCCUGCAAUGCCUCAAAGGAACAGUAAAGGCGGUGUAUGACGUGACACUGAACUUCAAAGACGAGAAGAACCCCACGCUGCUAGGAAUCAUCAGUGGGAAGAAGUACAUGGCAGACAUGAGUGUCAGGAGGUUCCCUGUAGAGGAGAUCCCAGAUGAUGAGAAGGAGUGUGCAGACUGGCUCCAUAAGCUCUAUCAGGAAAAGGAUGCACUUCAGGAACACUAUGUGAAGGAGGGCUGCUUCCCUGGGCCAAUCGUGAAGCCCCCCCGUCGGCCAUGGACGCUGCUCAACUUCCUGUUCUGGGCCACCCUGCUGCUCUCCCCCCUCAUCAAUUUCGCCUGGGGGGUGUUUGUCAGUGGCUCCCCCGUCCUCAUCAUCAGCUUCAUCGUUUUCAUUAUCAUAUCCUCCAUUGCAGUGCGUCGCCUAAUUGGCGUCACAGAGGUCAAGAAGACAGGAUCCAGCUACGGCAACCAGGAGACGAAGAAGCAGAAUUAGAGGUGUCCAUGUAGCCGCCGUGCGGUCACCGUGCAGUCACAGCCCCCUUUUUUAUUCUCUUAGAGCCCGAGGAAGCACGCCAACGAGGAAAAUAAUUACAAUAGUGACCAGAUUCAUAUUAAUUACGACGGUCGAUUACAAUUAGGAUGAGAAAAGCAGAAGGGGUAAAAGGGACUGCAUGAAUGUGAUGCUCCACCGUAGCGUGUGAGUGGCAGAUAGGUCCUGGACCGACUGGCUGAGGCUGAGGGGGGGGGGGGGGG